ACCACGCCCGGCCUGUUCUGUUGUUUUUUAUAACAUCCUAGAGCACAAAUUGCACCACAAGCUGAUCCAAUCAAAUUAGGGUCCUCUAAAAGGAUAGUUCCUGAGAUCAGGAUUUGAGAUUUAUUUUGACCCCAGGAGACUUCUCCCUCCUCUCUUUCUCUGGUUCUCUCUGGCGUAUUAGCCAGCCUGGGCUUCAACUUCUCUAUACUCAGUUGCAAGUGAAGACAGUUCCAUUGGGGGAAAGAAUUGGAGCCCUCUAUUCUGUGCCCUGCCUCUCUCCCUGGGAAAUCUCUGAGCCACAGUUCUGGUGUAGAGGAUGGGGACAGUGGUGAGCUUCUCUCCGUGUGGCAGCCUCAGGUCUCCCUGCUUUGCCUCUACUGGUGUAGAACCCCCACUUACGAGCUGGGGCCAGGGCAGUCAAGGCCUCAGUAUUCUUGGUGGUACCAAGCCCACCAAGGUAUAGCCUCCAUUCCAUUGAGUAGGAACUGGGUGGAAGAAGGGAGGACCCCCUACCUGUUAGCCACACUUGUCUGGAACUUCACCUCAGUAGCAGGUAGCUGGGGGCAAGAGUUGCUGAUGUCCUCUUCCUCCUAGGAAGAAAGGCUUGCAACUGGGAGCUAAGAGAGAAAGAGUUUUGUGUUCUUGUCUAUACCAUUCUGGCAUGAGAUCUGUAUUGGGAGGGGAGAUGGAGGGAAUGGGUCUAGGUCCAAAUACCAUAGACUCCCACUCUACUUACUAUAUUUUAGUAGAUUUUCUUGAAUAAAUGCUUCUUCAUUUGCUAUAUACCUUUAGGAUUAUUUCCAGAUACUUUAAAUGGUGAGCUGUUUUUAAAUUGAAAUAAUUUUCACUAUUUUCACUGGGUAUUAGAUCUAUGGAGCUCCUGACACUAUCAUGCCAAAAGUGGAACUCUGUAAGCUUUUUAACAUACAAUUUUGUUGUUAUUCAUAAUUACUCAAAGUGGCUUUGUACUUGGAUUUCUACCUCCUCAGUAGAUUGUAAGUGGCUUGAAGGCAGUAGCCUUGACCUUUAUUCCUUAUGGAAUUAUGAUAGCCCCUAGUAGCAUUUUUGCAUGUUGUGGCACAUAAAAGAAUGUCAGUCACUAUAUUACUGUCUUUUCUAGUUUGCAUUUUUAGUACUUCCUUUAUGACUUAAAGUGUUUAAUUGUGUCUUCCUUUUUUCGUACAUUCUACUGGCUAUUGUGUUCCCAGAGGGUGAUGCCUCCUUUUUACCUGUCAUUGGCCACACUCAGUGAAUAACACUUGAGCUAUUAGAAGUUUUAGUCCAAAGUAUUAUUCACUUUUCACAAUAUAGGAGCUUUCUAUAACAUUUCUUGCAGUGUAUAUAUAGUUAUCAUUUUAGAUUAGGGUACUUGUUUGGGAUAUAUGGGGACAGAGGGAAUAAGAAAGGGAGAAAGGGCAGGCAGAAAAACAGUGUGGUUGUACUCAAAGGUAGGACAUGCCUCACUUGUUCUUUUUUCAGACUAACCAUGUCUCAUGCCUUUCAACCUUGGUCCUUGAUGGUGCUGCCCUAACAAUUGAUUUUUUUCCUUUCCUGCUCCUUCCUUAUUGGAGAUCCCUGGAUGGUGAUGGCCCCGUGGCUGCCUCUCUUUUUUGGGGGAACAGUGGACACGUGGCCACACCUGAGGCUCUGGUCAACAUUGUACCGCUCAUCCUCUGUAGCUUGGGCUUCCUCCUAAGGCUGUGUAGACUCACCCAAUCUUUGAUACAAUUUGUAUUGCAGGAUUUCGUUACUCUAGGUCAUUUGAGAAUAUCCUUGAAAGAAAUCAUUUCAUUUGAGUGAUUUGUCUGCUGCUACUUCUGGGAUCUCUGGGACAGUAUUGACUGACUGCCUUCUGGGAUGGGUGUAUGCUGUUUUAUUCAGUGUUGUUCUGUUUCCCAGGAUGCUCCAGGAUGAAACGCCAUAGGCGCCUCAGCAGCAGUGACAGUUCAGAUGAGAGUGAGUAGAACCAGCUGGUAGCUGGUAACCUUUGUAUCUAUACCCCUUGAAGAUUUCUUCUUUGACUUGAGGAUAAGCCAUUUCAUGCUUCCUUCGGUGGUUAAAAAAUAAUGUUUCUGGGAAGGAAAGCUCAGGGUAUCAUUUUUCUUACUCAUUUAAAUUUCAUUAGAGAUAGAUAAAUUAGGUGGAAGAAUUGGUUUUGUGGGGCAUAUAACAUUUUGUUUUUCACCUUUCAUUUACCUAAAAACAAAAGCUAAAUUUAGUAAUGCUUUAACAGAUCUUCUCUAGAAAGGAAGAAAAGUAUGACAGCAUAAAUUGUAGGCCCUGAUUCUAAUUGUAGCUCAAGUACUAGAUGUUUGACCAUGGGUCAAUUAUCAUUUAUAAAAGUCAGUGACCUUAUUAACAGUAGCCUUUGGGGAGGUGCUGAAGCAUACACAGAUUACUUGCUCCACAUCUUCAGUUUUUCCAGUUGUUUUUGCAGAUAUUUUUUCUCCAGGUUGAAGAUGAAUUGUGUUAUUCCAAAACAUUAUGAGGCGUGAUUACACCAAAUCGGAUCUUCUCAGCCUUAGCAUUGUUGAACCUUUUGCACUCUGGGACAUCACCUAUAAAAUGUCAUUAAACUCCAUUAUGAGGCUCUCUUGGGUGCAGUUUGACUGUUUUCUUCAGUGGUCCUUCUACUUCUUUUACUUCUGGCUCAAUGUAUAGGAUCAAGUCAAAAAUUCGAAAUGAACACAAGAAACCUGCUGAGGUAUUCCGGAAGGACCUCAUCAGUGCCAUGAAAAUUCCAGAUUCUCACCACAUUAAUCCUGACAGCUAUUACCUCUUUACUGAUACAUGGAAGGAAGAAUGGGAAAAGGGAGUCCAAGUACCAGCCAGUCCAGAUUCUGUCCCACAGCCUUCUGUCAGGAUUAUAGCCGAGAAGGCAAAGGAUGUUCUGUUUAUCCGGCCCCGAAAGUACAUCAGCUGUUCCAGCCCAGAGACCGCAGAGCCUGGCUACAUCAACAUCAUGGAGUUGGCAUCAUCUGUGUGCCGCUACGACCUAGAUGACAUGGAUAUCUUCUGGCUUCAGGAACUCAAUGAAGACCUUGCAGAAAUGGGUUGUGAGCCGGUUGAUGAGAAUCUUAUGGAAAAGACAAUAGAAGUCCUGGAACGCUAUUGCCAUGAAAAUAUGAACCAUGCUAUUGAGACAGAGGAAGGACUAGGCAUAGAGUAUGAUGAAGAUGUAAUCUGUGAUGUGUGCCGGUCUCCAGAAAGUGAAGAAGGGAAUGAUAUGGUGUUCUGUGAUAAGUGUAACGUCUGUGUGCAUCAGGCCUGCUAUGGCAUCCUCAAGGUCCCAGAAGGCAGCUGGCUGUGUCGCUCCUGUGUCCUGGGCAUUCAUCCACAAUGUCUGUUAUGUCCAAAGAAAGGUGGAGCCAUGAAGACCACCAGGACAGGGACUAAAUGGGCUCAUGUCAGCUGUGCCCUAUGGAUUCCAGAGGUCAGCAUUGCUUGUCCUGAGAGGAUGGAACCCAUCACAAAGAUCUCCCACAUCCCGCCCAGUCGGUGGGCCUUAGUCUGCAACUUGUGCAAGUUGAAGACAGGGGCUUGUAUUCAGUGUUCGGUAAAAAGCUGCAUCACUGCCUUCCACGUCACCUGUGCCUUUGAGCACAGCCUAGAGAUGAAGACUAUUCUAGAUGAGGGAGAUCAAGUGAAGUUCAAGUCAUACUGCCUCAAGCAUAGCCAAAACAGGCAGAAACUUGGGGAGGCUGAGUACCCCCACCACAGGGCUACAGAGCAGAGCCAGGCCAAAAGCGAGAAAACCAGCCUGCGGGCACAGAAGCUUCAGGAGCUGGAGGAGGAGUUCUAUUCCUUGGUACGAGUGGAAGAUGUGGCCACAGAGCUGGGGCUCCCCACGCUAGUUGUGGACUUUAUCUAUAACUACUGGAAACUGAAGCGGAAAAGUAACUUCAAUAAGCCAUUAUUUCCUCCAAAGGAGGAUGAAGAAAAUGGGCUGGUGCAGCCAAAAGAGGAAAGCAUUCACACUCGCAUGAGAAUGUUUAUGCACCUGCGGCAGGACCUGGAGAGGGUCCGAAAUCUGUGCUACAUGAUAAGCAGGCGAGAGAAGCUGAAACUGUCACAUAGCAAAAUGCAGGAACAGAUCUUCAAUAUGCAAGUCGAGCUUGCUAACCAAGAAAUUGCUGCAGGACUUCCUUUGACAAGUGCACUAGAAAACUCAUUGUUUUACCCACCACCAAGAAUUACCUUAAAGUUAAAAAUGCCCAGAUCAACCCAGGAAGACCGCAGAAAGAACUCCACAGAGACUGAUCACCGACCCCACUCUCCUGACAGCGACUCCCCUGUUCAUAGUAUAAAGAGCAUGCAGGUGCCUCAGGAGCCUCUAGAAAUGAGAGUGAAAUCGUAUCAGAGAUAUCCACUAGAGAGCAAGAAUAACCGUUUGCUGGCCAGUCUCAGCCAUUCCAGGAGUGAAGCAAAGGAUUCCAGUCCUUCUUGGAGAACCCCAUCUUCAGAGUUCUAUCAUGGGCAGUCACUGGGAAAGCCUCUGGUCCUUCAGGCUGCCCUCCAUGGACAGUCUUCCAUUGGGAAUGGGAAAAGUCAGCCUAACUCAAAGUUUGUGAAAUCCAAUGGUCUAGAGGGCAGCUGGUCUGAGAAUGUCACCCAAAAAGAUAGCUCAAGUGAGAUGUUCUGUGAUCAGGAGUCCAUGCUAAGCUCACACUUGGCCAGUCAGGGCAGCUUUAGAAAAUCCACCAUGGAACAUUUUGGCAGAUCCUUUAAAGAGGCCACCAACAGGUGGGUGAGGACCACAGAGGACCUCCAAUGCUGUGUGAAACCAACCAAGAAUACAAACUCCAAAGAGCAGUUGUGGGGUAGGCAGCUUCUCAGGCGGUCUGCAGGGAAAGCUCCAUAUCAGGAAAAUGAUGGGUAUUGCCCAGAUUUGGAGCUGAGUGAUUCAGAAGUAGAAAGUGAUGGGAAUAAAGAAAAGGUCAGGGUAAGGAGAGAUAGCUCAGACAGGGAAAAUCCUCCCCAUGACUCUAGACGGGAUUGCCACAAUAAAAGCAAGCCACACCCCCUUUCCCACAGUUCAAUGCAAAGGUGAUCAGAAACUCCCAAGGAUAACCCAACCUUUGCCUUUGCCCCAUAUAUUGGGGAAAACCCAUACACCAAAAGGAUUCUAGCAUAUGUUAGGAGGAAUUGCAAUGAAAAGGAUGAAAUUUUUCCACACUAAAUCCGCUUGCAGUUUUUUAAAAGGUUUCAAGUCUAGUUUUUACAAACAUGCUACAGGAAUUGCAGAUUGUCCAGAGGUUUGUCAGCGGCUAUUUGGAGCAGCUGGGCCCAGAAUAUUUACUCAGUAAAUAUUUUGAGUCAGCUUUCCAGUUAUAGUAACACAUUGAUAAGUGUAUGUAUUAAGAGUCCUUGCGUUGUUAACAGAUUUGCAAGAGACCAUGAUUAUCAGACACUAAAACUACUUACCUUUUGAAGCUACAGCAUGUGACUCCCAGAGUCCUGUCUGUAGGAAAUUUCUAACUCCACUGGUAUCUAUAAACCUUCUUCAGGGGAGAGACCAGGAGAGCGACAUCUCAGAUACUGUCAAACUCACUACCCUCUUCCUUUGCACAAGGUCGAGUUCCUUUCACAGUAUCUUACCUUACUGAGUCAUUACUGCUAAUGCUCAUAAUUGUCCAGUGCCUGUUCCUAGACUUGCCUGUUAGGGACACACUCAUAACUUUUUUUACCCAGCUAACAAGCAUAAAAGGCUAACUUGUGGAUAGUGUUUACAAAAGUACAAAAGUACUACUUCUAAGGAAAAUGCUCUGAUUGUCUCUGUCUAGGCAUUUGUGAAGGAUCCCAGAGCCUUUCCCAAAGUGAGACCAUUUCUGGGGUAUUUGUACCAGGUCAGGGUUUUGUGUUGUUGUUUUCAAAUAAGUUUGGCUGACAGUUUUUGUAUACCUGCUUUAAUGUUUAUAAAAUUUUUAUUGAGGUAUAAUUAAAAUAUAAUGAAAUGCACAGAGGUUAAAUAUUCUUACCUGCUUUAAUUUUGAAACAGAUUUUUAUUGUCAAACAGAAUUUGAAAGCAUGUGUUUAACACAUGGAUAUAAUUUAGCUUUGUAUCAACUUUGAAUCUGAGGCAAUUUCCCAAACAAAAAGGCUGGAGCCAUUUUUCAGAAGUUGCUUAUACCUUGUUCCCAAACUAUCAGCCUUGAUGAAUUUCUGAGAGGAAGAGAAUAAUUACAUUGAGGAGGGAUAAAAAAAGUAUAUGUCUGCUUCCCAUUUAAAGAAGGGAGAAAUGUUGCAGUUUUAAAAAUGUGAAACAGAUUAUAAUUCUCAGCUCUCAUUUCUUCUUAGCCUUAAAUUAACAUUCUCUUCUAGUUUGGGGAAAGAAUAGUGGUAAUUUUCAGACUCAUUUUCAAUUUUUAAAGUUUCCUGCUGGUGAAACAGCCCAGCUGUAGUAGAUGCCAGUCAGUCAAGGCAGGGGCCCUCUCUAUAUCAAUAUGGAAAACCCAGCAGUUUUCCUCUCCCCCACUUUUGUUCUUGUGCCCUUGUUAAUGGGUUCUUUUACUUUUUGCUUUCUCCUUUUCUGAAAACUUUUGUAUUUUGCCUUUCCUUCGGAUACAUCUUCAAAAUGCUUCUUUUGUGCCUAUGUACAUGUGUGAACAUGCCAUAGCACGUGGGGUAGAUGUCCUAUAUUUUGUUUGAAUGGCAAAAACUAUGGAUUAUCCAAAAUGAGGAAGAGAAAUUCCCCUAUUUAUGUAUUAGGUGCUUUUUCUUUGAAUUCUUCUGGAGUAGGUAUUAAUUUGACACCUUCAUGGUAAAGAAAUUAUAUGGAGCCGUGUUGUAAAUUCCUUAUGUCAGAGGCCAAUGCAAUAGCCUGUGUCCUUUCAUGCCUUUCAAUUCUGAGUGAGUGGGAGGAAAAGCAAACAUCAAAACAGUGCUUCAGCCACAUUUCAUAUGUAAUGCCAUUGGGAAAGUAUUGACUAAAAUAUCAUUCCAGUCAGGGAAACAAAGUUGUAAUAUUUUUACAGGAUUUUCCUAGGUAAAUGAAGGAGCCUUCAGUUGUAUAAAUUUCAAUUGCCCCAAAAUGUAUUUGCUACAUUUUGUUGUUGUUUGAAGUAUUACCUCUUAACCCUCUUUGUUAAUUUUUUUCAUUUUGUCUUAUAUAGUCCAGUUUUCCAAGAUAAAUUCAGUCUUUUUUCAAAUGUCACCUUUUUACCAAUACUUUUUAAUUAAAUUAUGAAAACUGU